AUGUCUUCGUCCAAUUUUGAGAUCAAAGAACACAUCUUAGAAUGUCAGCAUAUACGGGAAUAUCCAAGAGCACUUGCUCAUUCGCAAAACGAUGUAUUACAUAUGGCGAUCAAACAAUACACGCCUUUAGACAACCUAAAACCCCAGGACGGAGACGUCACUAUCAUUGGAGCUCAUGCUAAUGGCUUUCCGAAGGAACUCUACGAGCCUUUAUGGGAUGAUUUACUUGCCCGCUCAAAGACCAGUGGCUUUCGAAUUAGAAGUAUUUGGAUGACAGAUGUAGCCCAACAAGGCGCAAGCGGGGUGCUUAAUGAACAGCUUUUGGGGAAUGAUCCUUGCUGGUUCGACGGUGCCCGUGACUUAUUACACAUGAUCAAUAGCUUCCGCUCAGAGAUGCCCCUCCCCAUAGUCGGUAUAGGCCACUCAUUAGGAGGUAACAUCCUGUGCAAUCUAGCUUAUAUGCACCCACGUCUCCUCACCACGAUCGUCUUUCUUGAUCCCGUAAUUCAAUCGCACGCAUCUCAACCCGUUGGACCAAAUCCCGCUCAAGCCUCCACGUUUCGUCGGGACCUAUGGCCAUCACGGGAAGAAGCCAUCGCAGCAUUCAAGAAGCAGAAAUACUUCCAAUCCUGGGACCCACGGGUCUUCGACCGGUGGUGCGCAUUUGGGAUUCGGGAGAAUCCAAGUUCGGUGUAUCCAGAUGAAAAGGGUAGCGUAAGUUUAACGACGACAAAACAUCAGGAGUGCUUUACUUUCAUGAGACCUAGUUGGGAUGCCGUCACUCCUGAUGGCAAUACAAUUUUAAACAGACAAUUGGUACCGGAUAUGGACGUUGGGAAUCCAGUUACGUACCCAUUAUAUCGCCCAGAGCCUCCUCUGACCUUGGCGAGAAUCGGACAAUUGAGACCGAGCGCCCUCUUCAUUUUUGGAGAGACGAGUCCGAUGUCUCUACCUGAUGCUCGAAAGUACAAAAUGGAUAACACCGGCACCGCGCCUGGGGGUAGCGGUGGUACUAAAGAAGGGAAGGUCAAGGAGGUUGUUUUAAAAGGCAUUGGGCAUUUGGUAGCUAUGGAAGCUGCCGAUCAGUGUGCAGAUGCGGCUGCGGGAUGGCUUGGCCAAGAGCUCAAGGAUUGGAAGAAGGAGCAGGAAGCAUAUUUGGAAUGGACGAAAAAGAGCUUGGCGGAAAAACAGACAUUAUCUGAGCAAUGGAAGAAGAUGAUAGGAGGACCACCGGUGAGAAAGCCUAAGAGUAAAAUAUAG